CUUCCGCAAACAACAGCUCCUGUACCGCCGGAGAUACUGGGCCUACUAUCUGCGGAGCCAAUCCAAACUUUCGCCAGAAAUCGACCCCAAGAUACAGUGAUUGCUUCAAUGACGGACACAAGAAUAAUUCCAUCGGGUGCUUCUGGCCUUUGUAUGCCAUCACUACCAUCACACGGCCUAGGAUCUGAUGAGGUGUACCGCCCGCAGCUCACUGACGCCCCCGUAUCGAGCAGUCCCAUCAGCGUCUUCGGGCCCAGACUCACGUGCGCAAACGGCCUGUCGUCCCGGUUUACUGCAGAACGGAUUGCUGCGCAUAUGCCACGUCGUUUCCUCUGGCGUAUCCGGAAUCGGUCCCGAGCUCCUGUGCUCUGGCCGACCUCGUUAGGCUUAUUGUUCCGGAGGACAGAAUUAUUGGUUGUUCCCUCGCGGUGA